AUGGUUGACAUCUUGAGAGCUGUGCAAUGGUGGGACGAGUGGCAGCUGCGCAUCCUCGUCAUCGGCAGCCUGGGCCUGCAGUGGUUCCUCCUGCUGGCAGCCCCCAUGCGCAACUACGCCAUCGCUCGCUUGUUCAGAUGCUCCAUCUGGGCGGCGUACGUGAGCGCCGAUGCUCUGGCGAUCUACGCGCUCGCCACCCUCUUCAAUCGCCAUUCCAAGGCGAGCAGCAGCAUCAGCAGCUGCAGCUGCUGUGACUACGGGAACAAAGGGAGCUCCCUGGAGGUCCUGUGGGCGCCUCUCCUCCUCGUCUACCUCGGCGGGCGGGAGGAGAUCACCGCCUACACCAUCGAGGACAACGAGUUGUGGACACGGCAAACCGUGACCAUGGUCUCCCAGGUCACGGUCGCCGUGUACUCCUCCUACAAGUCGUGGCCGGACUCGAGCGACAGGAAGCUGCUGUUGUCGGCGAUCCUGCUGUUCGUCAUCGGCAUCAUCAGCUUCAUCGAGAAGCCGUGGGCUCUGCGGAGGGCCAGCAUCAAGCGGCUGGUGGCCAUGUGGUCCGUGAUGAAAGGGAAGAGGGAGAGCCCCACAGGGUGGGACUGGUGCUUCACCGAGCUCAGCGACAGGUACAAGUGCUGGAAAAAGCUGCCGGAAGGCGACGCGCCGAUCCUGUCGCAGAGCGACCAGGUUCAGAUGAUCAUGUCGGACCUGUCGCUGUUCGCUGCCGAGGUCACCCUGCAGGAACGGAACAAGGGCGAUCUGAAAAUCCUGGAGCCUCUCGACGUAGACAAAGACGUCAGGCUCAAGCGCAUGCUUCGUCAGGCGUUCGGGCUCAUCUACACCAGAGCCAACGUGAUCUUGACGCCGGCGUACCUGGCCUGCCACGUGAUGCUGGUCCCGUUGAUGUACGUCGCCGCCAUCAUGCUCUUCGCGGCGAGCCGCAAGCGUGGGUACGGAGCCACCGACGUGAAUAUCACGUACAUCCUCCUAUGCUUCACCGCGGUGCUGGAUGUCUUUGGGCUGCUCAUCAGUGAGCUCAUGUACAAGCUCGUGUCCAAAACAAAACUCGCAGCCUUGUGCGAGAACAUUCCAGGGCAGAGCCUCGUCGACUCGGUUCUCCGGGCGGUGAGACGGCCGGUGGCCGGGUCGCUGCUCAACUGUGCCAGGCGCUUCGGUUAUUAUUACAAGAAAGCCGAAGCCGGCACAUAUCAUGUUAGUAAGCUGUACCGCCCGGUCUCGGAUGCUAUCGCCCUACAGCUCGUGAAGGUUUUCGAAGUCAAGAACGUCGACCUCGCCAGUUACAGAAGCUUCACCAAGACGGACUACUGGACUAAGGACCAAACGGAGAGGCUGCUCAACACGGACUAUUACUCCAAGUUGGAUGAUCAUAAGCCAAAGAAGAAGAUGGACAGCUCCGCCGCCGUUUCGACUGAUGAUCAAGAUCAGCAACGCCUGAAGAUGGACAAGACCGCCGCCGUUUCGACUGAUGAUCAAGAUCAGCAACGCCUGGAGAUGGACAACACCGCCGCCGUUUCGACUGAUGAUCAAGAUCAGCCGAAGACUGGUAACAGAAAUCAGCCGCCAUUGCCGCCGCAGACCUCUCAACCAUUUAACAAGGCGAUAUGGCGCAGCCUUCGUAAAACGCCAUUCGACACGAGCGUCCUCAUCUGGCACAUCGCCACCAACCUCUGCUUCCGCAAGAAGCCUCCAAUGCACUUCAGGUGCAGGCCUCUGCAUGGCGAGGUGCUUCGUGAGGUGUGCACAGAGGCAAUAUCCAACUACAUGGCCUACCUCCUCACGUUUAGACCCGACAUGCUGAUGACCGGCAGCACGCAGCAUUUGUUCACUGAAGCCACGCGACACAUGGAGCGCAUCAUCACCCUAGCCACCACAGAAAAUGAGAGGCAGCACCCGGACUUUGACAGAAUCCUCCUAGACAAGAUCAAGAACAAAGCAGCCAGCCUCAAACAUGAGCAGGCGUACACCGUCAUCGACGACGCUUGCAAGCUCGCAGAGGAACUGUUGCGCAUUGAGGACGACAAUGACCGUUGGCAUUUGAUGCACCGCAUGUGGGUGGGCAUGCUCUGCUACUCCGCUAGCAGGUGCAGGGGCUACCUGCACGCCAAGAGCUUGGGAGAAGGCGGAGAGUUCCUCUCCUAUGUCUGGCUCCUCAUCUCGCUCCAGGGGGCCAAGACCUUGGCAGACAAGCUUCAAAUGCCAGAAAAAGAACAAGGGGACGACGAUCUGGACGACCAAAAGCGGGAACAAGAAUACCAAGACAAGAAAGUUACGAUGCCUGGGUGGGAUCCGAAAGCCAUAAUAUUGCGUCGUCAGCCAUAUUGA